AUGAUCGUCGGCAUAAUGACGCUGAUCUUCUGUGUUGUGGGCUUGCUCAGCCAGGUGUUUACCCGUUCAGUGCAGGCGGCUCGUGUUGCAGCUGGGGAGGUCCGCCGCGAGGUGCAUUACGAUACUGCGGUCGAUCACGGUGACAUCGAUCGCAAGACGAUGUUUGCGCGCGCUGCGACCUUCCUUGGCUAUCUAGUUCUGUUCAUUGUUCUGAUGGCCACCAUUGGCCUGAUCCCGACAAUCCCGAUCUUUGUUGCUGCAUUCAUGUGGUUCGAAGGACGCGAGAAAUGGCACGUGAUCCUGGCGCAUUCCGUGGCGCUGACGCUGUUCGUCUAUUUCGUCUUUGACCAGCUGCUGCGUAUUCCGUGUCGUGAUGGACCAAAAUCCCAUUCCGUAUCGUCCGGCAUGCUGGACGAUCUGCGGGAAAGUUCUAUCCCAAGCAAUCAGAAAGAAUGCGACAUGCAGUAUCUCGACGCCUUCAACCACUUCUUCCCCAAACCGCUCUGGGACAAGAUCCAGACCUUUGAGGGUGCGGGAAAAAACAUUGGAAAGCGGAUGCAGAACAUCCCCUGCAUCUUUGAUCUCGACGAGCGGCUACGCGUCAUGGACCAGUUCGAAAACUAUAGGCAGGUCAUCUCGCUGGGUAUGCCGCCUAUUGAGCAAAUGGGAACACCCGAAGCGACCCCCGAACUGGCUCGCCUGGGCAAUGAAGGCUUCGCGGAACUCUGCGCCAAAUAUCCCGAGCGGUUCCCUGGCUAUCUUGCGGCGCUGCCCAUGAACAAUCCCGAUGAAGCCAUCAAAGAGCUCGAGCGGGUGUUCUCUGCCAAUGACGAGGCUGUCGGCGUCCAGGUCCACACCAACGUCAACGGUGCACCGCUCGAUGACGAGCGCUUUUUCGGCAUAUUCGAAACGGCGCAGAAGUAUGAUCGGCCCGUGUUUCUUCAUCCCUCACGCGGAGAAGAGAUGCCGGACUACGCGGCAGAAGACAAGUCACGCUACGAAAUCUGGUGGACGUUUGGCUGGCCCUACGAAACCAGCGCCGCAAUGGCGCGCAUCGUGCUUUCGGGCAUGAUGGACAAAUUGCCCAACCUAAAGCUUCUCGCGCAUCAUCUUGGCGCCAUGGUGCCCUAUUUCGAGGGGCGCGUCGGCCCCGGACAGGACCAACUGGGAAAGCGUACGUCUACGGAAGAUCUGUCCCACGUUCUCAGGGAUCUCAAGAAGCGCCCCUUUGACUAUUUCAAGGAUUUCUACGCCGAUACCGCCGUUUUCGGAUCGCGUCCGGCUACGGUCUGCGGCCUUGAAUUCUACGGGGUGGACAAGGUUCUGUUCGCAUCGGAUAGCCCGUUCGAUCCAGAAAAAGGUCCUGGUUACAUCCGCGAUACCAUCGCGGUCCUCAACUCGCUUGAUUUGCCCCGGGACGAUAUGGAAAAGAUCUGCUUCAGGAACGCUCAGAAGCUGUUCCGUAUCCAAUAA